UGUCACUUCUUCAUGCCGGAGGAGCAGUAUCCCAAGGGCUUCGCCUUCGACUGCGACGACGUGAACUUCACCACCGAGAACCUCUGCUUCGUGGGGCUCAUGUCCAUGAUCGACCCGCCCCGGGCCGCCGUGCCCGACGCCGUGGGCAAGUGCCGCAGCGCUGGCAUCAAGGUGAUCAUGGUGACCGGCGACCACCCCAUCACCGCCAAGGCCAUCGCCAAGGGCGUGGGCAUCAUCUCCGAGGGCAACGAGACCGUGGAGGACAUCGCCGCCCGCCUCAACAUCCCCGUCAGCCAGGUCAACCCCAGGGACGCCAAGGCCUGCGUGAUCCAUGGCACUGACCUGAAGGACAUGAGCACGGAGCAGAUCGACGAGAUCCUGCAGAACCACACGGAGAUCGUCUUCGCUCGCACCUCGCCCCAGCAGAAACUCAUCAUUGUGGAGGGCUGCCAGAGACAGGGCGCCAUCGUGGCGGUGACGGGCGACGGCGUGAACGACUCCCCGGCCCUGAAGAAGGCCGACAUCGGGGUGGCCAUGGGCAUCGCCGGCUCCGACGUCUCCAAGCAGGCGGCCGACAUGAUCCUGCUGGACGACAACUUCGCCUCCAUUGUCACCGGCGUCGAGGAGGGGCGCCUGAUCUUCGACAACCUGAAGAAAUCCAUCGCCUACACGCUGACCAGCAACAUCCCCGAGAUCACCCCCUUCCUGCUCUUCAUCAUGGCCAACAUCCCGCUGCCCCUGGGCACCAUCACCAUCCUCUGCAUCGACCUGGGCACCGACAUGGUCCCCGCCAUCUCCCUGGCCUACGAAGCCGCCGAGAGCGACAUCAUGAAGCGCCAGCCUCGAAACCCCCGCACGGACAAGCUGGUGAACGAGCGGCUGAUCAGCAUGGCCUACGGGCAGAUCGGGAUGAUCCAGGCGUUGGGUGGGUUUUUUGCCUACUUCGUGAUCCUGGCCGAGAACGGGUUCCUGCCCUCGGGGCUGGUCGGGAUCCGGCUGAACUGGGACGACCGGACUGUGAACGACCUGGAAGACAGUUACGGGCAGCAGUGGACGUACGAGCAGCGCAAGGUGGUGGAGUUCACCUGCCACACGUCCUUCUUCGUCAGCAUCGUGGUGGUGCAAUGGGCUGAUCUGAUCAUCUGCAAAACCCGGAGAAACUCAGUGUUCCAGCAGGGCAUGAAGAACAAGAUCCUGAUUUUCGGGCUCUUUGAGGAGACAGCGCUGGCCGCCUUCCUGUCCUACUGCCCUGGCAUGGAUGUGGCGCUGCGGAUGUACCCCCUGAAGCCCAGCUGGUGGUUCUGUGCCUUCCCGUACAGCUUCCUCAUCUUCGUGUACGACGAGAUCCGGAAACUCAUCCUGCGCCGGAACCCCGGAGGCUGGGUCGAGAAAGAAACCUACUACUGAGCCCCCCGCUCCGCUGCCAGCCGCCCCCCGCCGCGCUGGAGACCACGAGGCUGGUGGGACGUUGGCUCGGAGGAAAGUGACUCGUCCCCCGACCCGCGUGGCUGAGACUGUGAAACUGUCCCUGCCCCCCCGUCCUCGCCUGGGGGGGUUAUUUAUUGUGUCACCAACAUCCCGCCACUGCUGGGACCGAACCCAGGAUCCCCAGAGCUAAGGGGGGGCUGGGAGCAGUCGGGGGGGCUCUUGUCCAGUGUGGGGGGGACAGUCACAGGAGAUAGAGACCCCCCCGGUCACACAGGGUCCCUGUCCUCCCCCCCCAAGUGUCUGGUUCUUCCCCUCAGCACACAGAUCCCCCAACGUCCUCCCCCUUCUCCAUUCCCAGUGGGGCCCUCAGCCCCAGACUGGGGGGGGCAUACUCGGGGGGGGUCAGCAGAGCACCAGGGAGGGGUUGUGGAAUAGAACCCAGGAGUCCUAACCCCCCCCCCAUGCCUUUACCAAGCCAAUAGUUCCCCCCCUGCCCCCCCCAGCGCCCUGUCCGAGGGGUUGGGGGAUCCUGCUGCUGCCCCUUGACCCCAGAUUCCAAGUGAUGGACCAAGGGAAACCAGGGCCUCAGCCAUGGGCCUGGUGUGUGGGGGGGGGUCCCUAUGGCCGGGGGGGUUUGUCCCUCCCACCCACCCCCAGUGUCCAUGGGGAGGGGUGUUCUGCUCGCUCCCCCUCCCCCGCCCUGUGUGUGCUGGGGGGGCCUUACCCCCCCAUUUGGGGAUCGUGUCGUCAUGUGACAAAAACAAGCUCAAUUUAACAAAUAAAAACGAAACCAGCCCUGGCCAA